UGGCGCUGUGAGCUGCAGCCAGCGGACACGACGGCACAGACGCGGAGCCCUCAGCCAAACUCACAGAGUCCAGUCACACCGACAGAACAGGUCACUAAAUGUUUAUUUGUUCUCGUUUUAUGUUUCUCCCCUCAUUAAGUUAAAGAGAGAUUAGUUGUGGGACAGCGGACGCCCCUUCAAGAUAUUUCAAGCAUGACUGUGGAUAAUAACGGAUCUUGAAGUGUCAAACUGCGCCUCAGACUUCCAGAAAAUAACGACAGACACCAGCUCUCACAGGCCUACGGCUGCAGAAAUCUUCUCGUCCAUCAUGAAGACUGCAGGGGAGCCAGACAGACGGAGACAGAGGAGACAGGGACAGGUCAGGACGGGACGGUUUUCAUGUGCUUGGUGGUCUACAUCGGUGAUGCUCUUCUUCUCUCUGCCUGAGGGAAACUGCAUGAAGGAAAGUUUGCCAAGAGUUAAACUCAGCUAUAAAGAGCUGAUCCAUUCCCGAAGUGUGGUACCAUUUGUGGGUUCCAGUGAAGGGCAGCAGUUUCAGACAGUCUUAUUGGAUGAGGAGAGAAGCCGAUUACUGCUGGGAGCCAAAGACCACAUCUACCUACUUGACCCAGACAACAUCAAUAAACACCCCAAAAAGUUGAGCUGGCCGGCUCCGAGAGACAGGGUGGAUAUGUGUAUACUGGCUGGUAAAAACCCUCUUACUGAAUGUGCAAAUUUCAUAAGAGUUUUGCACAGCUAUAACCGGACCCAUGUUUACGCCUGUGGCACUGGAGCCUUCCAUCCUACAUGUGCCUUUUUAGAGAUUAAAGGUCACAAAGAGGACAGCUGGCUGCAGCUUCACAGCAACACUGUGGAAUCUGGCCGUAUGAAAUGUCCGUUUGAUCCGCAUCAGCCCUUUGCUUCAGUGCUCACAGAUCAGUAUCUGUAUGCUGGCACGGCGUCUGAUUUCCUGGGCAAGGACAGCACGUUUACCCGCUCUCUCGGCCCACCUCCAGGCCAGCAGUACAUUCGCACAGACAUCUCAGAGGACUACUGGAUCAAUGAGGGCAAGUUCAUUUCUGCCCAUCCCAUCUCAGACACCUACAAUCCUGACGAUGACAAGAUUUACUUCUUUUUCCGUGAGGCUUCUCGUGAUGGGAGCACUACGGACAAGAGCGUGCUGUCUCGUGUCGCCCGGAUCUGCAGGAAUGAUGUUGGAGGUCUGAGGAGUCUUACUAACAAGUGGACAACAUUUCUCAAAGCAAGACUCGUGUGCUCCAUUCCUGGACCAGAUGGAGUGGACACACACUUUGAUGAGCUCCAGGACAUCUUUCUUCUCCCUAGCAGAGAUGAGAAAAACCCAAUGGUGUACGGAGUGUUCACCACUACCAGUUCCAUUUUUAAAGGAUCAGCAGUGUGUGUCUAUACAAUGGAAGACAUCCGUGCAGCGUUUAAUGGACCGUAUGCUCAUAAAGAGGGACCAGAUCAUCGCUGGGUGGAAUAUGAAGGCAGAAUCCCCUACCCACGUCCGGGCACUUGCCCCAGUCGGACAUAUGAUCCUCAUAUAAAAACAACUAAAGACUUUCCAGAUGAUGUCAUCAGUUUUAUACGACUGCACCCACUCAUGUACCAGUCUGUGCACCCGAUGACAGGCCGACCAAUUUUCACUCGUAUUAAUACUGAGUACCGGCUUACUCAGAUCAUAGUGGACCGCGUGGCAGCUGAGGAUGGACAGUAUGCUGUUAUUUUCUUGGGCACAGAUAUGGGAUCCGUAUUGAAGGUAGUCAGCAUCACUCAAGAAAACUGGUCCUCAGAGGAGAUCAUCUUAGAGGAGCUUCAGGUGUUCAAGAGUCCCUCACCAAUCCUCAACAUGGAAGUCUCUUCAAAGCAGCAGCAGCUGUUUGUUGGAGGAAGCGACGGGUUGGUGCAGGUGUCGCUGCACAGGUGCCAUAUUUAUGGACAGGGCUGUGCUGAAUGCUGUCUAGCAAGAGACCCCUAUUGCGCUUGGGACGGCACCCAGUGCUCCAGAUACAUCCCAGCCUCCAAAAGGAGGGCCAGAAGGCAGGACAUUAAACAUGGAGACCCAUCCAGCCAUUGUUGGGACACAGAGGAUGUGUUAGGGAGGAAUGUCGAGGAGAAGGUGUUGUACGGAGUGGAGAGCAACUCCUCUUUUCUUGAGUGCGUUUCGAAAUCCCAGCAGGCCUUGAUCCGCUGGUUUGUACUGAAGCCAGGAGUGGACCACCGUCAAGAGAUUAAACCAGACGAGUGUGUACUGAUAACCGAUCGAGGUUUGCUGAUUCGUUGGCUCCAGCGUGGCGAUGCGGGUUCCUACUUCUGCACGUCUCAGGAGCACAGAUUCACCCGAACCCUCCUCCACGUCUCUCUUCACGUUCUGGACCGCGGACAAAUCAAUGCACAUCAACCUGCUGUACGGGAAUCAUCAGAAAACCCUGCUGUGACUGAACCCCGCCAGCGCUAUAAGGAUUAUUUGCGCAUGCUGAGCGGCCCUGCGCGAUCUCUGGAUGAGUACUGCGAAACCAUGUGGCACAGGGAGAAGAAGCAGAAGCAGAAGGGCAAAUGGAAACACGUUCAAGAGCUCCGCAAGAACAGAAACCGACGCCACCACUAGAGGUACCAGUGAGGCCUGGAUAUGAGGUUUGAAGAGUCGCAGUGCUUACAGACCCACUGAAUGUGGAUUAAACGAAAUGUAAACCAAAUAUAAAGACAUGAUAAAUGAACCAAUCUCAUUACCAGUAUGUUUAUACAGAGGAAAACAUCACGAAAUAUCAGUGAAAUGACACAAAUCUUGUAUUUAAGCAGUUCCUUGAAAGUGACCAACUGAUUCUGUCAUUUUAAAAUGAACCAAAUAAUAAGUCAUCUUGAUUGAUUUGAAAGAUAUGUCCUAAUCUAUUGGUUUUGUUAAUGCCCUUUUGUGCGAAAUAUGGUACCUAUACAAAAAUGAUAAACAGUUGAAGUUAGAGUUAUUAGCCCCCCUGUUUAUUUUUUUCCCCAGUUUCUGUUUAACGUAGAGAAGGUUUUUCCAAUACAUUUCUAAACAUAAUCAUUUUAAUAACUAAUUUCUAAUAACUGAUCUAUUUUAUCUUUGCCAUGAUGACAGCAAAUAAUAUUUGACUAGAUAUUUUUCAAGACACUUUUAUACAGCUUAAAGUGACAUUUAAAGGCUUAACUAGGUUAAUUAGGUUAACUAGGCAACUAGGCAGGUUAGGGUAAUUAGGCAAGUUAUUGUAUAACGAUGGUUUGUUCUGUAGACUAUCUGAAAAUAUAUAGCUUAAAGGGGCUAAUAAUUUUGACCUUAAAAUGUUUUUAAGAAUAUUAAAAACUACUUUCAUUCUAGCGAAAUAAAACAAAUAAGACUUUCUCCAGAAGAAAAAAUAUUAUCAGGCAUAAUGUGAAAAUUUCCUUGCUGUGUC